CCUCCGCCCACCCCCACCCCCACCCCCAUGCCCGUGUCCAUCACAGGCUGCAUCACAUCAUCAUCGCCCACACCCAGUACCACCACCAGCAGCGGCGGCGGCGCCAUCACCAGCGCCAGCGCAGGCGGAGGAGGCCCCGGCGACGCGGCUGGGCGCCGUUACUGGUCUGCUGCUCUUCGUCAGCGGCGUCCCUUCCUGUCAAGCUAAGGUCUUCCAGCGACAAAGGUUACUAGGAGGUUACCAUGGGUCUGGAUAAUACUUAUGGGGAGCUAUCUGGCAUGUUCUGUGGAGGCCUGUCUUAUGAUGGCUACAUAGAUCACAGCAGCGGAAGUGAUUAUUUCAGGUUCACCGAUCCACUUCCUGUGGUUGUGCCCCAGAUGACAGCAGAAGCUUGUUCAAAUCCUUCCUCCACUGUGUCAAGGGCCAACACUGAAACUGACAACCCAGAGGAUUGGGAAUUCAUCUCAGAUGAGUCCCUCAACUAUAUUAGCCGGAUGCUCAUGGAGGAGGAUAUAGAUGAGAAAGUCAGCAUGUACCAGGCGGAGUCAGCGGCACUGCGUGCUGCUGCAAAGCCGUUCUAUGACAUUCUUGGGCACAAGUUUCCACCGUCUCCUGAUCACCAGCCGAUCCCUUGGUCCAUGGACAGCCCCAGUGAGAGUAGCAGUAGCAUUUGUACACAAUCUAUUGCAAGUAGUGUCACUAGCAGCAGCAUUGGUGGCACAGUGGAUAGCAACUGGCGCUACGACGUUGGACGCAGUGAGCAGUUGGAAGCUUAUCAAGGCUUGUGUGGUCAGUCUUCUCAACCGCUUGUUGGUACAUCUAGUGAUGCUUCCAAUGCAGUGGAUGGGCUAGAUGACCCUUUGAUCACGAAUGGCCAGAUCCCUGAGUAUUUGUUUGAGAGCCUUCCAACUUGGGAUUUCAGGAGAGGUAUUGAGGAAGCCCAGAAGUUUCUUCCUGUUAGCAAUACACUAGUGAUUGAUUUAGAAGCUGGUGGUAUCACAAGACCUCAAGAAGCAAGGAAAGAUGUUUCUUUGAAUGCCAAAAAGGCAGAUGUAUUGAAGGCCAAGAAAAACAGACAGAGUGAAGACCUUGACCUGAUUGAAGGCCGGAACUUUAAACAGUCCGCAUUUAGUUCCGAUGAACCUGAUUGGAUUGAGAUGUUUGAUGAUCUGCUUCGGCAAACUGAGAAGAAGGCUACAGAUCUGCGAGAGCUUAUGCGCAAUGAAGCUUCCAAGAAUUCUCAGGUCACUCAGACGAAAGGACCAAGUGGGCCACGGCCGCGGGGAAGGAAACCAACAAAGAAGGAUGUGGUGGACCUUAGGACCAUCCUCAUCCACUGUGCACAGGCUGUGGCAGCAGAUGACCGCAGAACUGCUAAUGAAUUGUUAAAGCAAAUAAGGCACCAUUCCAAGCCAAAUGGCGAUGGAUCCCAGAGGUUAGCACAUUGUUUUGCAGAUGGUCUUGAGGCUCGUUUGGCAGGCACAGGGAGUCAGCUUUACCGGAAGCUUAUAGCGAAACGUACAACUGCCUCAGACAUGCUUAAAGCCUACCACCUUUACCUUGCAGCAUGCCCAUUCAAGAGGCUUUCACAUUUUCUUUCCAAUCAAACAAUCUUGAGUAUGAUUAAAAAUGCAUCAAAGGUGCAUAUCAUUGACUUCGGCAUUUAUUUUGGCUUCCAAUGGCCAUGCCUAAUCAGGCGUCUCUCCAAGAGGGAAGGCGGUCCACCUGUUCUGCGCGUCACUGGAAUUGAUGUACCUCAGCCAGGUUUCCGCCCUUCUGAGAGAAUUGAAGAGACUGGACAAAGGCUUGCAGAAUAUGCUGCGAAGUUCAAGGUGCCUUUUGAGUAUCAGGGAAUAGCAUCAAAGUGGGAAACCAUCCGAGUUGAGGAUCUCAAAGUUGGUAAGGACGAAGUUGUGAUUGUUAAUUGCCUGUACAGAUUCAGAAACCUGAUUGAUGAAACAGUUGCUGUAGACAGUCCUAGGAAUAGAGUGCUCAACACAAUAAGGCAAGUAAACCCAGCUAUUUUCAUCCAUGGAAUUGUGAAUGGGUCAUACAGUGUUCCCUUCUUCAUCACACGUUUCCGUGAGGCACUGUUCCAUUUCUCUGCAUUGUUUGACAUGCUAGAGACAACUGUCCCACGGGAUGAUCCCCAGCGUGCACUCAUAGAGAGGGAAAUGUUUGGCCGAGAGGCACUCAAUGUUAUUGCUUGUGAGGGCUCAGACAGAGUUGAGAGACCCGAGACAUACAAACAGUGGCAGGUGAGGAACCUCAGGGCUGGAUUUGUUCAGUCUCCGUUAAACAAAGAAAUUGUGAUGAAAGCCAAGGACAAAGUAAAAGACAUUUAUCACAAGGACUUUGUCAUAGAUGAAGACAGUGGAUGGCUCCUGCAAGGCUGGAAAGGAAGGAUAAUCUAUGCGAUAUCUACAUGGAAGCCUAAGAAUAACUAGGUUCUUGGUCUCCUAUUCCAUUGAUGGUGGCAGCUAAUUAACAGUCCUGCUAUGUUAUAGCGUUUGGACCUUGACCUGUGAACCUAUCUGAUCAAGGAAAUGGCUUGAAGAAUGGAGAAGGGUCAACAUGGAGCUUUGCUAGAUUUACAUCUGUCCAGCCAGUACUCUGAUAAACUGGGAAAGGAGCAGCUGUAGACCUCUCUACCUUGGUGUUGGUACCAUCACCUUUUAUUUAAUUCGUAGUUUUCUUCUUUCCUGUUACUUCUGUGACCAUCCUGGCGUCCUAUUAGCAAUAAACCAGGUCGCUGCUUCUAGUAGUUAAUUAGCUAGCCAAACUACCUACUAUCUUGAACUUAGUAUUUUUUACCUGUAUCCAUCCAUGUCAAACACGAAUUUGGUUUUCAGCACCAGCAGAUAAAAAGUUCCCCAACGAGCAAGCAUAAAGCAUCUAAAUUUGUUAUAGGAGAAUGGACGCUGCUGUUUGUGUGGAAUGUAGUAUCGCAUGGAGUGCUUUGCUUUUGAUGACCAGUCCAUUCUUCAUUUAUUUAUUUCAUCUCUUUUGUAGCAAGUGAUGCGUGCUGUCACAAAUUGAUUCCUUAAACUUUGAGUGGAGCACUAGUUCGAGAAUAUUAGGAGAAAGUGGUGCUACAUAUGAACAUAGUACAUGCUUUUGGAGUUGACUUGCGAACGGUGGCACAAGGCGGCAUGGUAUCACUGGACCGCGACCACUAUCAGACUAUCUUCUCAUUUGAUAAUGGAUUGUUUUAGUUAAUCCUUUCUUGGCCACAGGCUGAUUUUGGUGCGCAACUCAUUGUUGGGUAUUUCGGUUGACUUCUAAGAGCCACUUAUAUGAUAUACUCUUUCUGUUCCAAAUUUCAAAUUAUAAGUCGCUUUGACUUUUUUGUACAUAAUUUUGUUAUGUAUCUAGAUAUAACGUAUGUGUAGAUACAUAGCAAAAUCUAUGUAGAAAAAAGUCAAAACGUCUUAUAGUUUGGAGUGGAAGGUGCAGUUGUUUA